UGGGGGGAAACCCCCUUCCUCUUGACCCUCUACAAUGAACUCACCUUUGGCCACAGGUCCUCUGUCUCCUAGUGCUGGUGACCCUCAGCCCGUGGUGUUCACCUACAGCAAGAGAGAUGUGGAGAAAGCUGUGAACAGUGCUACUGGUUGGACCAAGGAAUGCUACUCAGAGUUUGACACUCUCCUCUGCUCUCAAUGGGACCGUGCUGUAGCCGAUGGUGUGUUCAGGUACAGCCUGGAUGAGGUCGUCACCAGACUGGUACCCGGGAGGUACGGGUUCAUCGCUCAGAGGAAUCCAAAACGAUUCAGUCAUCGUCGGAAACCAGAUGAGGUGAAGAGUAUCUGUCAGCCCUUCAACCGUGAGCUGUUCAACUUUAACAAAGUGAAAAGAAGUGAGAUCCUUCUUGAGUUGAAGAGGGAGGGAGGAGUCGGUCACUGGCUGCUGGUGAAUGUGAGCCCUAUUGACUACGGUCAUGUGCUGCUGGUACCUCAACCCCAGGACUGCUUGCCUCAGAUAAUGACUCAGGAUUCUAUCCAGUUAUGCCUCGACGUUAUGGCUAUGAGUGGCCACAGUGGGCUCAUCAUGGUUGCUAACAGUCUCCUGGCCUAUGCCUCAGUCAACCACCUACACUACCACUUCAUGUACACUGCACAGCCUCUACUAGCAGCCACAGUGACUGGGAGACCCCUUACCAGAUCAUGUUUUGAGUUGGUAGACCACCCCAUUCCUGGAUUUGGGUUUCAGUUGGACACACCAACCUAUACCUGUGCAGAGAACAUCUUUAAAGUUGUAUCAAUUCUAAUCGACGCUAAUAUUCCUCACAAUUUGGUGAUGCUGAGGGGAGUUCCCUUUAAUCAAGGCUCAUCAACAGCUGACUGCGUUGUGAGGGCAUUGCUGAUUCCUAGGAAACCAGCCUAUGGUUUAAAGAGUAUCUAUGACUCUGGACAAGUGCCACCAUUCUUUGCUGCUGCCUGUGAGCUGGGCCUGGGGUUCAUCCCAGUUGUAGACCAGUCCAAGUAUGAGAGCUUAAGUGAAGAGGACGUGCUUCAAGUGUUGAACAUGAGCUCACUAACUGUAGAGGACUUUGACUCCGUUAAAACAAGUGUAUGUACUGUCAGUAACUAGGUUGUGCAUUAAUUAUGUCUUCACAUUAUUACAUUG